AUGGAUCUUGCCAAACUCAAGGUGGCCGACCUAAAGGCCGAGCUUGCGGCGAGAAAUUUGGAUACCAAAGGCGUGAAAGCGGUGCUAUUGGAGCGCUUGAAGGAAGCGAUCGAACGCGAAACCAACGCAGCCGCCAACGUCGACCUGACCAGCCAACAACAGUAUCUGGCACAGCAGCAGCAGCAACAUCAACAACAGUUGCUGCUGCAACAACAGCUGCAAGCGCAGCAGCAAUUGCAAGCGCAGCAGCAGUUGCACGCCCAGCAGCAACUUUUUAUUCAACAGCAACAACUUCUGCAACAGCAGCAGCAGCAGCAGCAACUACAGCAGCAAAAUGUGCUAGUUGCUGAGCCGCUACCCCAAGAGCAGACGAUAGAGGAUUUGUCCAUGUCAAGCAAGCGGGUGGAUACACCGGUUCGGCGACGAAGCACCAGACGUUCCAUGACACGAUCGCCGUCACCGCCCAACAGCUCCGCGGACAAUCCACACGGUUCGCUAAUGGGAAGCGCACGCAAGCGGGGCCGAUCGCGUUCGAUGACAAAAUCACCGUCUCCUCAGCGACUUACCAGCGAAGCACCAUGUCUUGCAUCGGUACAAGAGGAGGAACCGGAGCCAGUGUUGGAAGCGACAGAGCACCGAUUAGCAGAACCUACGCCUGAACCAACUCAGCUUACGCCCGACGAUAGCUACACUAUGGCACCUGUCGUCGAAGCACCUCCAGCUCUAUCAUAUGAGGAACCUGUCGAAGAACCGGAACUACUGGAACCGGUACCGGCAGCAGUUGCAUCAUCCGCAAUGGAAGUUGAAGAAGCGGAAUCAAUUGCACCAGCUGAAAUGGUUGAAAAGAGUGAAGCAGUCGAAAAGGAGGUUACUUUGCCCACGCCUGAAUCGACGGACGCGUUGGAGACAGAAAAACUUUCCACCCAGCCCGGAACAGAGCAAGACUCAAAGGAAGAUAAUCAGCAGGGUAAAGCUGAAGAAGAACCUUCCAAGGCUGCCGAAACAAGCGAAUCGGAUGCUAAACCUGCAUCGGCUUCAACAAACGCUGCGGAAACUGUUACAAGCGAUACAUCAAAGGCCGGAGCAACGAAAACCGAAAAGAAGCCAAACGCUCAGCAACAAGCCCAGAAUAAUAUGGUUGAGUUCGUGACGGAAGAAGUGGAACCACAGCUGUCCGCAGAAGCCGAUGAUACGUUCACACUAAGCUGGUAUGAUUCCGAUUUGAAUUUAACCAUCGAUCAUAAAGAUUUGCUAUCGGCAAAACCUCUUUCGGACGGUAUAUUUGGCCUAGUGUGGGCUGGAGUUCGUGCUAGCCGCGGUGUCACUGGCGGGAGGGUGUUCUAUGAAGUAUUAGUAGCGGACGAGUUGCAACCCGCUACCAAAUCACCGCUGGUGCCGGAAGGCGAAUCAUCUACACCGGAAAUGCGAAUAGGCUGGUCAACUUUGGUGCAAAACGAACGGCAGCUUGGCGAAACGGAUCAUUCGUACGGAUAUUCUAGCUGCGGAAAGAAGGUAGCCGGUGGCAACUUUGAGCAGUACGGUGUAGCGUACGGGAAGAAUGACGUCGUGGGCGUUUACUUGGAUAUGGAAGCAUCGCCAUGUGAAAUGCAGUUUACGGUUAACCGUAUACGACAAGGGCCAGCGUUCGAAUUCGAAAAGGAAGCGUUAAAUGGCCGCGCUCUUUUCCCGCAUGUAUACGCUAAAAACCUAUCGUUCAAAGUAAACUUUGGCACGGUGGAGGAUGGUUUUCCGUUGACGGUGAAGAAAGCUGCCGCUACAGUCACACCGCCGGCAACCGAAACGGGCGACAAAGAUGCAAAACAAACUAGCGACUCAAGCGCUACCAAGGAGGAAGGAAGGGAAGACGAUGCGAAGGAAGGCGACGAUUCUGUUCCAAAGGAAGAAACAAAAUCGGAGGAUACCGGCAAGGUGGAGGAAGUUGUACAGAUGGAGGAAGCGGAAAACACGACAACCUCAACCGAUGAACCAGUUGCUGAAAAAGUACCUUUUGACGAGGAGUUUAAAUUCCUGAACAGCUUCGUCAAGGAGAAUGAAGCUUGCGUUGUCGACGGUUUGAAGGGACCAUCGACUAGGGAUAGUUGCGAGCUUGUAAUGAUGAUUGGACUUCCCGGAAGUGGCAAAACCACAUGGGUACAAAACUAUCUGAAGGAAAAUCCAGACAGUUCGUUUACUUUACUGAGUAUCGAUAGUUUGCUACAGAAUAUGAAGGUGUUGGGCAAGGAGCGGGAUCCUUCGAAUACUCCACAGUGGCAAAAAGUGGUGGAGCAACUGUCACGAAACAUGGCACGGUUAAUCGAGAUAGCUUGCAAACGCCGGAGACACAUCCUCAUCGAUCAGACGAAUGUAUUUGCAUCGGAGCAAAAGCGACGUUUGAAAGGAUUCGGAGGAUUUAAGACACGCCGUGCGGUGGCGGUGGUACCGAACCUGGAGGAAUACAACCGACGGUAUGAAUUAAAAGUUGCCAAAUACGGCAAGGAAGUACCUGAAACGACUCUUAACACAAUGAAGGCAAACAUUUUUGUACCAUCGCUAGUACAAAACUGGUACACGGAAAUUGUAUUUACCGAGCUCGCGGAAACGGAAGCACAGGAAAUGAUCAAGAAGAUGAACGAGGAGGGUCGUAAAUUGCUGCCACCACGAAGAAACCGUGCUAAUCAGUCGAACCGACAGAAGCAUAAUAACAACGCCAACAGUAACUACACCUCGCGCUGGAAUCACAACCGUCCGCAAGGUGGAGGGCAACAGUACGGCAAGAAUCGGUACGGCAACAAUGCCGGCGGUGGCAGUGGCGGAUACAACCGCUACGGAAACAAACCCAACGACAGUGUUGGUCAGUAUGGACAUCAUCGUUCCGGGGAUUACCGUAGUGGAAAUGGGUACGGCCGCCGCGACGAUCAUCAUCAUCGUGGAGGAAGCUACGGUUCCGGUGGAAACCGGUACGAUUCAUGGAACCGUAACAGCGGCGGUGGCGGUGGAGGAUAUUACAAUGAUCGCGGAUAUUCCAACCGUGGUUAUAAUCAGCAGCAGCAGGAUCAUUCCAGUAAUCGAUAUGAUGCACGUCGUCGUGAUCGGCGGGGAUAUAAUAAUGGUUCGGGAUGGAACACACAAGGAGGGCAAUCGCAGCAAUGGAACAAUAGCUACCCGAAAUCGGGCAGCUCCGAAUCCUGGUACUUAUGGUGGCAGUCCAACCUGAACGAUCUGCUCGCACCGAACGGUAGCAAUGGUGGGGCGGAUGGGUCUGCCGCUGGCGCCGCCGCCGCCUCAUCGUCCCAGUGGAAUCAGUACGGGAGCAAUGCGCAUCAAUCCUCAUCGUACGGAAACUAUCAUUCGAAGGGAUAA